AUGAGAAAAUACGGCGUCCACCACCGACUGUCCACACCCUACCACCCCCAGACGAAUGGCCUAGCCGAAGUGUCCAACCGGGAGAUCAAAACGAUUUUAGAAAAGACGGUGAACCCAACAAGGAAGGACUGGAGCCGCCGACUAGAGGACGCGCUCUGGGCAUACAGGACCGCCUUCAAGACACCAAUCAGAAUGUCUCCCUACCGUCUGGUAUUUGGGAAGAUGUGCCAUUUACCGGUAGAAAUUGAGCAUCAAGCCUUUUGGGCUGUUAAGGAGAUGAAUCUGAACGCUGAGGCCUGCGCUGAGGAGAGGAGGUUGCAGCUGCAGGAGCUUAAAGAGCUCCGCCUCGAUGCAAAGAAGGAGCUCAAGGUAGGACAGAAGGUGUUGUUAUUCCAAUCAAGACUCAAAUUGAUGCCAGGGAAGCUAAGGUCAAGAUGGACAGACCCCUAUACCGUUGUAGCCAUGCGAGCGAAUGGAGCAAUUGAACUCCAAGGAAGAGACCCUGACUCGUCUUCCUUCUUGGUGAAUGGUCAUAGAGUGAAGCCUUACAGGGACAGAACCGAGGUGUGCGUGGUGGAAGAAAUUCAACUACUCAUGCUUGAAUUUCUCCAGUGA